UUAAAUAAAUCAACAAAAUGGGUUGUGGAAAAUCUAAACAUGAUGUUGCUUCAGAUAACACCACCAUCCUCCAACGCAAGAAAUCUAGCGUCACCUUCAAAGAAAAUGAGACAGAAACCAAAGACAUAAACAAUAAUGUUGACAAUACAAGUUCAGCUGCUGAGGAACAAAAGGAAAUUGAAAGUGUCAAAGAGGCAGGUGUUGAAGAAAAUAAGGACGAUGCAGCUAAGGAUGUUAAAGACGGUGAAGCUAUGGAGAAAAUAAAUGAUGAAGGAAAGAAAGAGGAGGAUGUUGUGGAGGAACCUUCUGCUGAAGUUGAGAAAAAAGAUGACCAUGCAUCGAUAAAGAAUGACGAGAAAAUCAAUGCUGAUGGUGCUGCUGAUACUGAAGAAGAGAAAAAAUUGGCCGAAGAAAAUGAAAAAAAGGAUGUGGUUGCACAGGAAGAGACUUCGGCUAAGGAAGAAGUUGUCGAAAACACAAAUGUUUCAGCCUCUGAAGCUGAAGCUGAAGCUGGAGGUGAAAAUAAUUAA